AUGUGGAGACACAAAGAUGUCGAAGACUACUGGCACAUGAGACUUGUGGCCCAUGGCUCAGUCAUCGUCCAGAAUGCCAUGAUCAUGACUUCCGUCGACUAUUCCACUGGGAGGGGGAACUACCUCAAUGAAGAAGGACACACUCCCCUCCACACCGCUAAGCUGCGAUAUCAAUCACAAUGGAGAAAUAGACCGCGAUCUUCGGGCCUCGAACGUAUCGUCUCCUCUUUGAACCGCAUUCCCUCAUGGGCCGCACCUUCCGUAGGGGUCUUCACGAUGUGGAUGAGACCCCAUCGAGGUCUCCGUCUAGAUAGAUACUGGAUCAACGUCCUACCCAGACGAUUCGUAGCGCCUAAGGUAGCCGCUUCUUCACUGCUCAUGUAUGGACCUCCGCAACGCUUGGACCCGAAACCUCGAGGAUCCAUAAAACUGGCUGCGGGAGCAGACGGGCAAGGAUGGAGCAAGCAACCACAACGACUAUCUCGUCUCCACGGCGGAUUCUCCACGAAAAAGGGUGUCUACGCAGCAUCAGAGCCCGCAAAGAUUCCUCGGACACAUAUUGUAUCUCUCUGCCCCACGAAAAGCACCUCACUAUCGUUGCGGGUACAGAUAGCAAGCAGCCCCUCCCCUCCCUCUGGACCUCUCCCCAAAACCAAAGAAGGCGUGCUCCGCUGGUUGGUCUGGGGAGCAUGUUCUGCACCGGCUGUUCCCCGCAGAGGCGAACCCUGUGUGGAGAUGUGCUUUGUGUACUCGACUUCAAGACGUGUCUUCGCAUCUGCACCUGCUCAAAGAGGCACGGGAGGGCGGUGUCGGUGCAUGGCACGCAUGGCUGGCAUAACUCUGACUAGCGACUUGGCUGGGGUCAGCGAGAAAGCACCGCGUCUGCGUGUCGCCACCGGUGAGUUGAACCGCUCAAUUAUCGGCUUUUCCCUAAAGUCCUAG